GAUGGCCGCAAUGUUGUGAAUUUCAUAUUUUGUGAUGUGUUUACUUGGCAAUUUUUAUUGCUUUCCGUUUAUAUCUAUACGUCACUGUCCUCGAGACGCAAUUUUAUACAGUACGCCAAACUAUAAACCUGGAGUCUUAUUAGAAAUGUGAUUGUAAUGUGGUGCGGGUAACGGAUGCUUCCUAUCCUACAUACCAUAAAUGUAAGGUAACGUUUCUUAUGUGAUGUUAUUGCAAAUCGACGGUGGAGGAAGAUGCCUUUCAAGUUGAAGUUGAAGAAGACGCGGCAGUACAAUGUAGCGUCGAAGAGUCUGUUCGUUAUAAGCGUAGAAUUGCUGGAUGGUGGUGUAGCGGAUUGCACGCUAUCCGUGGAUAGUACGGGGCAGGAAUGCCUCGACAACGUGUGCCAGAGGCAGGCGAUCAACCAGCCGGAGUUCUUCGGGUUACGCUACAUCAACAGAAGCCAGCAGCCGCGAUGGGUGCAGCUCGAACGGCCGUUGAAGCGCCAGCUGGACAAAUACGCGUCCUCGCACCAAUUGUACCUUCGCGUGAUGUACUAUGUGAUCUCAGGGACGAGUCUGAUCACGGAUGAGGUGACCCGGUACCAUUAUUUUCUUCAAUUGAAGAAUGAUCUGAUUGAGGGCCGGAUAAUCUGUGAUUGUCAGCAAGCUGUGGUACUAGCAUCGUACAGCCGUCAAGCAGAGUACGGGAACCAUGACCGGGAGCGGCACACAGUGGAGUACUUGAAGAACCUGCUGACGUUUCCUAAGCAGAUGUUGGAUGGAGGCCAGCUCAUAGAUGGGAGCACCCUGGCAGAGACGGGGAGACUGGAGUGGCUCACUGCUGCUGUGAUACAGCACCACAUGGCUCUUCACAACAUGUCUCAGGCUCAAGCAGAGGAAGGCUUCAUAACGACAUGCCAGCAGCUCCGCGGCUACGGGCAGGAGAUGUUCGCUGCGCGUGCGCAACUGAGCCACAGCGAGGUCACCAUCGCCGUCUGUCUUACCGGCAUCCGCGUGCUGACCGACACCAGCGACACGCCACACUUGUACAGAUGGCAGGACAUAACGAACGUAAUCAACCACAAGCGUACGUUCAGCAUCGAGUGCCAGAAGCAGGGUGAGUCGGCGGGGUUCACACUGCCGAGCCCCGAGGACGGCAAGUACGUGUGGCGCAUGUGCGUGCAGCAGCACACCUUCUACAUGCGCCACCAGGCCGCGCUCAGCGAGGGGGGCAACACCGACCAUCGGCCCAAGUUCCAGGAGCACGGACUAUCGGAGAGCCGCGAAGAGCUGGACGGGCGUGAGCUGGGCAGCUCUGUACGGCUGGAGCCCCUCACGGCCGCACACCGAGCGCACUCCACCUCCUGCCUCGAGCUGGCUGACAACCACCACUCCAGGAACAGGGCCCUCCUUCCCUCGUACCGUCCGGCGCCAGACUACGAGACAGCCAUCCAGCAGAAGUACCAGCAACAACGCGCCGAAGCUCAGCUGCGCUACCAGAACCACCACCACUCGGUGGUCACCACCAACCCCAAGCCUGUGGUGUACGGCUCCCACCCAGACAUACACCGCAUACACUACCCCGAUGUCACCAGGCACACCGGCCCUUUGAACCAGGGAGUCGCCGCUACGGACGACUACGCCUAUGGUCUAAAGUUCAUGGGCACAAAUUACCCCUUCGCAGUCAACCCUAACGUUCAAACAGAACUCAACCCUCAGUUACAUUACGUUAACGUCUACAAGCCUCCUCCACCGUACCCCUCAAAUGGCUUAGCCUCAAAUUCCACCCCUGACUUGGCUGUCGCCAGUCAAGCGUUGAACUAUCACAGAGGUUACAUCAACUCCCAUGUCUCAGGCUCGAGUCCUGAUCUAGUCUCCACCAGAACUGCUUUAAAUCGACAAUAUCUAGGAUACAUCAACCCUGGUAAUCAUAACGUCAUAAACUACGGAAGACCGAACAUCAUGCCCGGGACCCACGGGACCUACAACAACUUAGCAUCAGUAUUGGACCCCAACCCUCAAAUAAUAAUAGACCCACAUCACAUAUCGGACAACUUCCAAAAAGUAUGCGACGAAAGAGGGAACAUAAUGUACUCGAUGCCAAUGCACAGGAUACCUUACCAGCGACAUCUAGUGAUACCGCAGCAACAGAUAAAACUGAACGACACCCAGGAACCGAUAUACGAGAACGUGCCGCUACCCUGGCAAAACGAACACGGGAAAGUAACUAUGAGAAACAGAGCUCAGAGCUUAACGACUACAGACGAAAUCGCUAGACUAAACGAACGGAACAGUAGUCAUCCGACUAUAAACAAAUACAGCAACGUUACCAAACCAAACCUGAACGUGCCAAGCUACCACGUGCCAAUCAAGAUAGAAAACCCAGACAGUCAUUACGUGAACGCGCAAAUAAUAAAGGGCGUUCGAGAAUCGAGCGUCCCGAAAGACUUGAAUACAUCGAAUCGAUCGAUUAACAAGCCGGAUGACUUCGAGAACGUCGCGCUAUCAGUCGAUCGGUUGUCUCUAAAACACGACGAGAAGGAUUACGACGAGACGCCUUACCAGAGUCUGUCGACGCAUAGAGUGUCGAAUAACAAUACGAUAAACAAAGCUACCGAUAACGUCACGUCGAUAAGCGUACCAGACAUGCGGAGCGACCAUAACGCUAACAUGUCGCACAGUAGCGGGGUGGACAGUGCUCUAUCGAAUUCGAUAACGAAUUCGACUUACAGCACGAGUAUAGACUUGGAGAGUAGCAACACAACGAACACUACUAAAAAUAGUACGUCGAGUGUUAGUAGUAAGGAGAAAAAGCGGCGGCGGUGGGGCGUGUUUAUGGGCCGCGGCACGAAGGCGGUGGACGUGAAGAGUGCGACCCUGGGAAGGGAUCGUGCCAAGGGGACCACAGCCCAGCCUGCCAACAGACACCGGUGGUCCACCGGCCUGCCUAAGUUCCAGCCACUGCCUCCCAGUAUUACCAAAGAAACUCUGUGUCAGCUGCUCGAGCGCAAGAUGUCGGACGAGCAGCUGUCGUUCGCGUUCGAGCAGAUCCCGAAGGGGCGCGAGGCGGGCGCGUCGGUGCGCACGGCGCUGCUGCCGCAGCACGCGCCGCUCAACGCCUUCAGCGCCGACCACCUGCCCUACGAGGACAACCGCGUGCGCCUUGCGCCCACGCCCGCCAACCCGCACGGGUACAUCAACGCCUCGCACGUCACGAUGACAGUGGGCAGUACACAGAGGUUCUACGUGGUGGCUAAAGUGGGCACGGGGGCAGUGCCCAAGCUCACCAGUGGGAACCCCAGCGUCGAGCAGAGCGCGCUCGUGUGGGAAUGUAUUUGGCAGGUUGGAGCGAGAUUAUUAGCCUUUGUGGGGGGUGAAGCGCGACCACAUUACCUACCGCCUGAUAAUACCACGGUUGAGUACGGGAAGUUCCAGGUGUCGUGCGGGGCGUCGUCGCGCGCGUCGUGGGGCGCGUCGGCGCGGCUGGUGCUGCGGCGGGGGGGGCGCGCGGCGCGCCCGCUGUGGCACGUGCACUACGAGCGCUGGCCCGACGCCAGGGCCGUGCCGCCCGACGUGCACGAGUUCCUCAGCUUCCUGUCGGAGAUGAGCGCGCUGCGCGUGUCGUGGUCGUGGGAGGCGGCGGGAGCGCUGGGCGCCCGCAACGCGCCCGCCGCGCUGUGCUGCGCCGCGGGCGCCGGCCGCGCCGGCGUGGCGCUGGCCGCCGACCUGCUGCUGCACAUCCUCGACACCAACCAGGAACUGGACAUCCCCCGCACCAUCAGCAUGCUCCACCAGCAGCGCGCGAAUCUCAUACAGAACGUCCACCAGUACAAGUUUCUCCACGAGGUCCUGCUCCAGUACUUGAAACAGUCGCGACUUAUAUAAACACCGCUCUUAAAUUACUAUAUACUAGGUGUAUAGGAGAGACUUGCAGGUGGACAGUCCACUAGAUAAUUGAGAAGGACAGUUCUUAUGAUCCAUAGUAGCCCUAUUCAAAGAACGCAUGACUCACACUAAAUUCGACUGUAUGGGUUUGAAUUCAUGUUUGGAUCAUAGAUAAUUGAUACCACGUUUUUUCCAGGAUUUAUGACCGUUAAAAGCAAUAGACUCGCCUCUUUGUAACAUGAGACUUUACAUAGCUGGCGAGGAGCGGGUGUAUAUUAUAUACAGGGUGUUAGUGACAUCGUAACUAAUACUGACGGAGAUGAUUCAGACCAUGAUUCUGAGUUAAAAUGAAGUGGAAUUUUCCGUCGCAAAAUCAUGUUUUUUUUAUUAUUAUUAUUUUCAAUUCUAUACUUUUGCGAUCGCGAAAUUCCACUAGAUAUUAACUCAGGUUAAUGAGCUAAAUCAGCCCCCUCAGUAUUCGUUCCGAUGUCACUUACACCCCGUGCCAGUACAUACAGGUAGCCAUACAAGUAGGUAUGAUACUGUACCGAAUACUGAGGGGAAUGAUUCAGACCAUGAUUCUGAGUUGAUAUUAAGUGGAAUUUCCUGUCGGAAAAUUCAUGAAAAUUCUUGUGUUUUUUUUUUUUUUAAUUAUUUUUCAUCCACAUAAAUUAAACACUAAAUUAUUCGUGAAUUUUCCAACUGGAAAAUCUACUGGAUAUCAAUCCAGAAUCAUGGUCUGAAUCAUCCCCCUCAGUAUUCGUUACGGUGUCACUAGCACCCUGUAUAAUCUAAAUGCGCGUACUCGUUAAGAUUUAUUGUAACCUUUAUUAAAAAUCUUCGUUUUACGGGUGGCGUUGUGAGAGGGCUUAAUGCGUGUAUAAUUUGUUGCAAUUACUAUUUUGAACGCAGUCUAUUGCUGGACAUAGGCUUCUUUACCAUUUUUAUACUUAUAAUAACGCCCGAACAGCGCCAACACAAUGUAUCAUGUGUUCAAUAGUGUAAUUAACUCUUUCCACCAGUCGCGUUUAUGCCAGAGCAUUCAAAUUCAUAUUCAGUACAGAAGACAAGCAUCUUUUGACGCUCAAAGGUACAUCCAUCGCAAGAUGAACUAAGUACCCACGAUUCACCGAGCUUUCUGUUAGACCAACGUGAUAGACGGUGGCCGAAUCGCUACUGGACGCUACUCAAGACGCUACUGGUAUUUUUUAGUAUUAUUUUCCAAUUAAUUAUGCUUCCUAGAACAAUAAAGUAUUAAAAGCGAUUUUUAUUUGAGCAUAGUGAAAUUUUGAAGACUUUAAUUGCGCAUUUUUCUCAUCGAUCGUGUGGAAACGAAGCUAGUUUGGAAAUUACUUACAGUUCCAAUGCAUUUUAUUGAUUAUCACCAGAUCAUUAAACAAUUUAAAAUUUAUAUCUGCAUGUAAUUACAAUCCAGCACCCAUAGCAUGCUACACGCGAUUCGAUAAACUCUGUAAGCUUCACAGCGCGAUAAACAAACCAAUAACAUAGGGUCAUUUAUCGCCCCGUCAGGUUUUCUUCACUUUACUCCGUAAGCCCUGUCGAGUCCGAUGGUGCCGCCGGCGAUUCUGCCCACCAGGUGACACCCUAUUGAGGGAGGCCGGGUGAGCGACUCCAAGCAGGCGGCACAGGUCUUAAGUGAAGGUGUUGGCCGGCGAGCACGGGACCGAAGGUUCAGACCGGCUCAAGCCGGCGGGGUCGGUAUACAUAUCGCGCGAUAUUCGGUAUACAUAUUUAUAUAAUUAUUUGUGUCUCGUCGCCACACAUUGCUUCCUUCCUUACGAUAGGUCUGACAAAGGCCUCUCGUUUACUCUCGUUCUUACCACGAAUGCGAGCGAAAGAUACAGUCCAUGCGCGCUCCCUUACUCGUUAGCGGCUUAUAGCCAUUUAAGACAAAAGUAAAGCCCAGAUUGGAUAAGGUCGGCCCUCGAAUUAUGGCGAGGCGGAGUGGUCGUCCUAUACGUAUUCUACCCGUAUUCUAAGGUGUUGACACUUCUCCUCCUCCGCCGAGCAUUUUGGUAUAUACAUUUACGUCCUCGACUUGAGGACUUUACUCACUGGAGUCGAACAGGCCACUUGACAACCUAGUCAAAUGAGAUACUUUUUACGAAACGUCAAAACGAAAGUUUUUGAAGUUUGUAAGGAAAUACUGUCCUGUGACGUCAAAAGCGGUCAAAUGUCGUACUCAUUAUUAUAUUACUUAAUUCAUAAAUAAAAUUCGAAAAUAAGUCGAAAAGUAAAAUGAGAUUUUUUGAUCAUGUUAGACUGAAUUCUAUUUCUAGAUUAGCAUUUUAUAACUUAUCUUUGAAAUACCUUAUACUGCCAACAUAAUAAAUUAUACGAAAUUAAUGACGUCAUGUCUUACUGGAGUAAUCUUGAGUUAAGGUUGAGCCGCCGUCUAAGAAUACCAAUUUUGAGGUGAGUUCGAGGGAACCUUGAGGUCGCCUCAACUGACGACGGAGUCCAGCAAAAUAGGAGUUAACAUCUUAGAACACGGGUGAUAUUCUUUAUCCUGUGAUGUCACUUGAGAUUAUACAGUUUAGACCAUGGGGUCUAAACUGUAUAAUGUAUUCCUUGUAUAAACGGUAUAAGAAGACCAGGUAUGCUCAAUCCUAUGACAAGCCGCCAUUGCUAGCCCUUUGGACGUAAGGCGGCCCCUAGACCUACAAUAACAUUGUACAAUACUUUUUAUUGUACAAUAAGAUUGAAAGGCGCUCUGAAUCCAAACGAACAAUUUUAUUGUACAACAAUACAUUCACUCUCUCCUCCCGGACUACCUAUAAAAGACUGAGUAUCCAUAUUAGAGUGUGAAUCUGAUGAGGUUUCCUGAUCUUGUAAAAAAAAAACAUUUCUUUAAAAUAUCAUAAAGUACGUUCGUAAAUUCCAUCUGUUCUAAAUCCAGAUUUCACUGACUGGAGGUGUUUCUUGAGCUCCUUCCGGUAGUUCUUAAAGAAUUGAAUUUAUUCUUCACAUCAUCAUCUAUGCUUGCCUGUGGAAACAUCUCUUUGUAUUUAGACCACAAUGUUUCGUAAGCUAUUUUUUUCUUAUCACGGUCAUGAUAUUCUUUGCUCUUGACAUUUCACAGACACGGCAAUUAUCUGUACAAUCGAAUACAUUCGCUGAUAAACUCUCUUUCCUUAACUUUUGGCUUCACUUUUUCCGCCAUUUUGAACGCGCGUGCGUGUGUCUUCGUGAUGACGAAUCACAGAUUGAAAAAUAUUGACCCUACACGAUGCAAUAGAAAAAUAUUGAACAAUAAAAAUUAAACUCACUCAACCUUAGAUCAAUCCUUGCGCAAUCUUCAAUAUUGCGCAAUGUUAAGCCUACACAGUGCAAGGAAAAAAUAUUGCCCAAUAAAAAUUAGGCUCGCUCAAUCUUUUGUUCAAUCAUUGUGCAAUGUUUCAAUACUAUCCCUAAACGUUCAAUAAUAUUGUGCAUGCAGAUACAUUGUGCAAUAUUAUUGUAGGUGUAUGGGGCCUUAUACCAUGCUUUAGACUGCAUCAAUCUUGCACCAACAAGGAUCGUUUGUAUAUUAAUGUAUUUACACAAUCAAUUGUAUUAUAACUUAAAAAUAAAUCUUUUCUAUGCAUAUUUUGAUUAAGCGAAUGUUUUUGUGAAUGUUUUUUUUUUUCUUAUAACUAUACUGCAUGGAAGACGUGUCCAUUUAGAUCAAUAAUGCAUGUUAUAAGUAUUAAUGUGUUGUAGCUCAUAGAUGCAGGGUGUAUUGUAACUUUGUGCCUAAUGUAAAAAUGUUAUUUCAAUAAUCAUUCUUAGUUAGUUUUAAAUAUUUUUAAUAGUGUUUAAGUGAUAAUGUGCCUUAUAUCGGAGAUUAUUAGCGAUCUGAUGAUAUCACUUCAUGUGCCUUUGACGUUUUAUUUGUAUUUUUAUAUAUAAAAGCUCAGUUUUUGCAAGUAUUAUGAAAUUAUUAAUGUUUUAACAAGGUUUGAUAGAGUAAACUUUUUUUAGUGUUUUUAAAACUAGAAAAUAUUUAAUAUUAUUAAAAACAAUAAGGGACUUUCCAGGUACAUUCAGCAAAAACAGUAUAGAUGGCGGUGUACAACUUUAACGUGAUAAUUACCUAUUUUCUAAUUACUUGGAUACAUAAUUAUUCCAAAAUAUAAAAAUAAUUGUUGCUUGAUAUUUGGAUCACAUUAUGUAUGUGGGAUAGGGCAUGAAGGAAACGAUUGUUAUUUCUUUAACUUUGUUUAUUUAAAAACGUUUUAUAAUCUUCUACGUUUUCCUCUUUAAAAACAAGCGUCCGCCAUUUCCCUGUCAUUCCUGUUCUUCUCUCUCGCUCACUCGUCGCUCUCUCUUUCACACACCUUUGCGUUACGUUUCAUUCAGCCUACCAUUCCUACAUGUAUAGAAUUAUGUUGCUACUUAUAUUGCGUCUCUUUAUUUUGAUUAGAAUAAUUAUGGGUAGAAGAUGUAAUUGUGCCUUGGGGUAAUCAAAAGGGUCAUCAUUUAUAUCCAAAAAUAAAGAUAAAAGAUGUAUUUAUGUCUGUUAUCCAUGAAAUUAGCAAAUUAGGUUAAACGUAGGAAAAUCUGUACAGCGCCAUAUGCAUUGUUUUUGAGGAACGUAGUCUGUAAAGUAUCUCAUUGUUUAAUAUACUGACUUAAUAAAUAGGUACAAGUUUUGCACACGAUCUGCUCAAAAUCGUAUGUUACACAUGAAAAAAAAAAUGUUUAAAUUAUGCAAAGUAAAAUAUGAAUUGUCUAUAUUAUAGCAUUAGAGAAAUAUUGGGAGAUACCAUUAAAACGACUGAUACAAUCAUCGUUAAGACGAAUGACCGUGUAAAAUGAGGCUUUACUUAGUAAAAUAGUUAUCUUCCCCCGUUUACCACACUUAAUGUACUGGAGUAGAACCCACUAUCAUAAAAAUAGCCUCCCCAAAGAACAAUAUUGGUUAGUGUCUCCAGAAUGAUCCCAGUGCUUUUAGAACAUAUUAUGUAUUGUCAACGACACCACGAAACCGCACCACUGUGGUGUCGUUUACAAUUUUUUUCAGGUAAACACACCACAAUAUAAUGAAGUUCUAAUUCAAAUGGGUCACACCACACGUCAUCAGUACUUCUCUGUUAUGAUUGCAGAAAUAUUUUUUUUGGGACCACGAACGCUUGAAAACAUAUUUUAAAAAGGCUUUUUCACAAAUUACAGCAAACAUUGCAAAUGAGAUUAAAAAAAGAUACGGUGAAAAUAAUGAAUACAUGUUGUGUAAUAUUGGGUACCUAACCUAUAGUCAUUUUAUUUUGCUUUGUUAUUAAGUUACGGUAUGAUUAAUUUUGUUUUCCGAAUCCCUUAUCAAGUCGGCAAAUUUCAGCAACAUUACUUUUUUUAUUAUUAUUAAUAGCCUUCAAUGUCCCACUGCAGGGCCUUUGCCUCUCUUGCCUUCUUCCACUCCUCUCCCUGUCCCCAGCUCGUUCGUGCCACCGUUUCGAAAAGCGGUCUAACUCGUCGCGCCAUCUUUUCCGUGGCCUUCCCCGACGUCUGGCUGCAUUUGCAGGAACCCACUCUGUAGCUUUUUUGGGCCAGAGGUCAUCGGGCAUUCGGGCAACAUGUCCAGCCCAGUCCCAUUUCAAGCAGUAUUAAUAAUUAAAACAUAACGAUUUUUUUUAAACAGCCUCCGUGGUCUAGUGGUUAGAGCGUUAGGCUCACGAUCUGGAGGUCCGGGUUCGAUUCCCGAUGGGGACAUUUUCGAAAUCACUUUGUGAGACUGUCCUUUGUUUGGUAAGGACUUUUCAGGCUUGAAUCACCCGAUAGUCCGAAAAGUAAGAUUAUUCCGUGCUUCGGAGGGCACGUUAAGCCGUUGGUCCCGGCUAUUAGUCGUAAAAACACCUCCACCAACCCGCAUUGGAGCAGCGUGGUGGAGUAUGCUCCAUACCCCCUCCGGUUGAUUGAGGGGAGGCCUGUGCCCAGCAGUGGGACGUAUAUAGGCUGUUUAUAUAUAUAUAUGUAUGAUUUGUUUUUAUACACGUUAGACGUCAGUAGUGGCAGUGGUGUGGUUGCCAAAAAAAAAUGUAAACGACACCACAGUGGUGCGGGUUCGUGGUGUCCUUGACAAUACAUGUUAGAACAUAUCCCUCGAUGCAUGCUCGGUGCAGUAAUGUGUUCAUAUUAAUACGUUUGUAUAUCGAUCUUAUCUUGUAUUAAUCUAAUGAGGUACUUUCCAGGUGACGUGCACCAAGAACAAUAUAAAUAGCGUUGUUCAGUUUUAACGUCUUCUCUCGUGUGGGUUGAGAGGUGAAUUACCAACCUCAUCAACCCUGGUGUCAGGGUUACUAUUGAGUCGCCAAAGACCCCUGACAUGACUCAUGUAACGACUACAUACUUACAUCAGUAAGUAGUAACCGGGACCAACGGCUCAACGUGCCUUCCGAAGCACGGAUCAUCUUACUUUCGGACAAUCAGGUGGUCAGCCUAUAAUGUCCUAACCAAACUAGGGAUCACAAAGUAAUUAUUGUGAUUAGUGUUGGGUUCUUACCCGGAAAAUUCCCGCGUUUUGGGAAUUUUCCCAAUUCUGAGGGAAAAAACCCGAAAAAUUCCCAUUUCAAGGGAAAAUAUUUUUUAUCGCAUAUAUUUGUAUUAAAAGUAAGGAUUUCCAACAAAGACCAUUUAAAUAUUAAUGUAUGCCUACUUAUGCCCAAUUUAUCUUCUGUCGUAGUGUCGUAUGAACUCUUAAAAAACUUAAAGGAGAUUAUCGGAUUUCGGCCCAGAAGUCAAUGUGCCGGCCAAAAAAUAAUUUUGCUAUAUUCCUUUAGAUCUUAUGCAUAUGAGCAUUUAUUACUAUGGCACCAAAGCUGUAGGGUCAAUAUCUUCGAUUUUAUUCGAUUUUAAAAAACUGUAUUUUUCAUACAUUUUUGGUGAAAAUGUAAAGUGCCGGCCAAGUAACAAUAAUGGUAUUAUCCUUAGAACUUAUCCGUCUGAACAUUUAUUACUAUCAAUAUUUUCGGUUUUAUUCGAAUUAAAAAAAACUGAAUUUUCAUACAUUUUUGGUGAAAAUGUGAAGAGCCGGCCAUGAAACAAUAUUUGUAUAUCCCGUUAGAACUUAUCCAUUUGACCAUUUAUUAUUAGGGCACCAAACGUCUAUGACCAUUAUUUUGACUUUUGUUGGACUUUAUGUUAUAGUUUCUGUGUGAAAAGUGCCGGUCAGCAAAAAUACAUGUCAAAGCUAUCGAGAAGAUACCUGUAAACAUUAUUCACUAUGACAAAAACGUGUAUGACCAUUAAUUAGUUGAAAAAAAACUUGAUUUUUGAUUCAUUUUGUAUAAAAAUAAAAUAUAACAGGCGCGUUAUUUAAAGGAUCGUCAGAAUGUUUAUUACUAUGGCAUUAAACGACUAUGACCAAUAUUUUGAACUUAAUUCGAUUUUCCAAAAAUAAAAAAAAAAUUAUCUAGUGAUAAUGGAACUAUCUUGCUAAAGGCGUAAUAUGGUGGUCGUCUUUUGAAAAAUAGGUUUGCGUUUGACCACUACCUUACCCGGUGAUACACGCUUAAGAAACUACUUUUUUUAAAGAAAAGUGUAUACAAGGAAUAAACAGUGGGGUGAUAGAGGUACCUACUAUGUUAUCGGCCGAGUAGCACCAGGACAUUGUGAUGGGCAUACUUGCAAAGUACAACUACCCGACUCCUGUUUUCCCUAACAGAUACUUCAGACGUCAUGCCAAUAUACGAGUUUCGUCACUAGAUGGCAAGCUUAUCUUUGGAGAGUGGUAACCAUUUACGGUCAAGGUGAAUCAGUACCAUAAUUCAACCUAAACUUAGGCCGUAACGUUGAGUCGAAUGCAAAAACUACAGCCAACGUCAUAUCUAAAACCAGAUAGUAUUAAUAUAGAAGUUCACCUAACAACACACAAAACAAAAACACAAAGUAUUUAUCUGACUAAUAACUAGUCAUUGGGAAAGCUCUGCUUGUUGUCAUUGUUAAAAUGUAUAAAAAAAAGUUUUUUUAAAAAGUCCAAUAAAAGCCAAAGUCGACAUUUGGUAGUAUAGUAAAAAUUCGUCGUUCAAGUCGUUUACCAAAAGAUUUGACUUAUUUUGUUUCGCUGGCUGACAUUUUCCCAUUUGAACCAAAACGGAAAGAGAGACGAAUAAAAAGUCAAGAUAACGGUCAAAAAUGUUUUGCACCAGAUUAUUAAAUGUUCUAAAGGUCCUUUGUAAUCCGCCGUACCGAAUUUUUUACCCAAACCACUUUAUUUUCAUACAAAAUAAAUAAGAAAUCAAGAUUUUUAAAAUACACUAAAAGCCAAACUAAUGGUCAUACAAGUUUGGCGCUAUAGAAAAAAAUGUUAACAGACAUCUACUCGAUACUCUCAACAUGAUAUUUUUGCUGGUCGGCAUUUUUCAUAUUUAAACUAAAACGUAAAUUCCAAUAAAAGUCAAAAUAAUGUUUAUAGAUGUUUGGUGUUAUUAAAAAUAUUGAGAAGCAACUAUUAGACAGAUUCAACGUAUUUUUUUCGAUGGCCGGCAUUUUAACAUAUUAACCAAAACUGAAGUCCAAAUAAUGGUCAUAGAAGUUUGGCGCCAUACUAAUAAAUGUUGUAACGGUCCUUUGUAAAACGCUUGUAUACCUCUUUUUCCCAACGGACAUAAUAUUAUUUUUUACAAAAUGUAUGAAAAGUCGAGAUUUUUAAAAUCCAAUUAAAGCCAAACUAAUGGUCAUACACGUCUGGUGUCAGAGUAAAAAAUGUUCAGAACAAUCUACUCGAAAAGUUUGACACAUUUUUUUUCUCUGACCGGCACUUUCAAAUUUGGGCCGGCCAAAGUACGGAAAGCCGAUGAUCUCCUUUGUAAUAUAUUUUGAAUGGAGUGUUCGAUUUUAAUAUUUCCAUGCAAAGAUAUCUACAUAUUAUAGGAUAUAUAGGAUGCUUUUGGCACGAGAGAAUGUCAUCAUCGAGGAGCAACAUGGUUUUGUGCAAGAAAUUGGGAGGCACGAAUACCUACAGAUAUUAUUUACUUGGACUAUGAAAAAGCUUUUGAUCGAGUUCCUGUCACACCAUUGAUUGCUAAAUUAGAGCCCUUUGGAAUCAGAGGCAAUGUCGUGAAGUGGAUUGAAGACUUCCUGUCAAAUCGCACAUUCUCUGUGCGCAUCGGAGAAUCAUACUCUGUUCCCAGAAAAGUCCUCAGCGGUGUGCCGCAGGGAUCGGUGUUAGGACCUAUUUUAUUCAGUAUCUACCUUACAGAUCUUAAACAUGGUAUCAUGUCUGAUAUAUCACUCUUUGCAGAUGACACGAAAAUAACGGGGAAUUCACUUAUUAGCCAUAAUAUAAUCCAAGGUGAUCUUGAUAGAGUAAUUGCUCGGACCCGAGAUUGGCUAAUCACAUUAAACGUAGACAAAUGCACUGUGUUGCAUGUUGACAGUAACCACCCCACGUUGAGUUACACCAUUGACUCAAAACCUCUCGAGUGUGUUAAAAAACAAAAGGACCUUGGCAUAACGAUAACACAUAAUCUAAAGUGGGACGAACACAUUAUUGGAAUCACUAAGAAGGAUAACUCCCUCUUAUACAUAAUUAGAAAAGCUUUUUAUCACAUAGAUACGGAAUUGUUUCUUAGGCUUUACAAAACUUACUUACGUCAGACCGCUGUUAGAACAUGGGUUUCAAAUAUGGAGACUUUACUAUCGGAAGGACAUUUCACUACUAGAGAGAGUCCAAAGAAGAGCAACAAAGAUGGUGACAGUACUGGCUGGCCGGAGUGGACCUUAUCGGGGGCCGCAGGACUCUCACCUCUGGCUUGCAUUCAUUGGCCAGCCAGAGUGGGGCGUUAGAGCUAUACGCUCGCAGGGUGGAAGUGAAAGAUGCAUAAGUCGCGAGUUGGUAAGGCGGGUAAACCGCCUCGCAGAAAGCGGUGUACACCUCUUGACACCCUGAGAUGCUCACAACCAUGUCGCCAGCCUUGCCGUCCAGUUGCGUCGGCUAGAUAGGUGGCUCAACCAGUGAGUGACGAGUCACCGCCUGCCCAAUGUAUCUCUGUUAUUAACAUUGGUCGAGCAGGCGCCAUAGUCCCCAUGGCCCCAGUAUAUAGGUUCAUUAACCCCCAACCCAAUAGCCCAGUUCCUUUUGUUCCCAUAAUCUGCAAUAGUCCUACACGAACCAGGGAUUGUCUUUGGAUGCACUCCCAUAGUGCAUACAGGGAUAAUCUCCGGUUGGUGUCACAACACAUUUAAAGUAAAUUGUCUUAAGGGGCCUCUACGUGUUGGCUUCGGCCCCACGCACGCCUUCCAAAAGUCCGGGACUCCAUGACAGACCCGACCCGAGACAUGGAAACGACAUACAAAUAAUAAUAAGAUUAAAAAUAAUUAAAUAAAAAAUAUUUUCCCAUGAUUCGGGAAUUUUUCGGGUGUUUAUUUUAUUUUCCCAUAUUUUCCCGAUAUUUUUUCUUUCCCACCCAAUUUUUUCUUUCCCUGCCCAUCACUAAUUGUGAUAUUUCCCCACCGGGAUUCGGACCCGGGACCACGGAGGCCGUUGAGUUGAGUUUUAACGCGAUAAUUACCUAUUUUCUCAUUAUAAUUAUUUAAAAAUGCAAUGUAAUGGCUGAAGCAUGUAUAAAAAUAAUAGUUGCUUGAUAUUUUGAUCACAUUAUGUUUAAAAUUGUGUUGCUACCUAAAUCGCUUCUCUUUAUUUUGAUCAGAAUAAUGGGUGUAAUAAAAAGGGUCAUCAUUUAUACCCAAAAACGAAGAUGAAAGAUGCAUGUCUGUUAUCCAUGAAAAUAGAAGGUUCAUCGUCAUCAUCAGCCCAUUAACGUCCCCACUGCUGGGGCACGGGCCUUCCCUAUGGGUGGAUAGGGAGAUCGGGCCUUAAACCAUCACGCGGGCCCAGUGCGGAUUGAUGGUUAUUAACGACUGCCAAUGCAGCCGGGACCAACGGCUUAACGUGCCUUCCGAAGCACGGAGGAGCAUAGAAGGUUAGGAGAAAAUAGAAGGUUAAACGAAGAAAAAACUGUACAGCGCCAUCUAUGUUGAUUUUAAGGAACGUACCCUGGAGUCGCUCAUUAUCCUUGUUUCUAGUCGGCAGGCAGCUCCAUAUUAUUUUAAAGUUAAUUAAGAUGUUUGUUUGCACAAAAGUUGACUUGAUAGCACUAUGUUUUGUGUGUAUUAUGUAAGGUCUGUGCCCACUACACCGUAUCAUACUAGGACCGUGUCAGGCAGCGACCGGUGCGUGCCGGACGCUACUAUGUCCACUGCAACAGAGUAACCCCGUUCUAUCCCCGUAUGUACCGGGGUGCAUUGCACGAUUCGGUGUUCAUCAUAGUCAUUUGAAAUUCAUACAAAGAAUAUUUUUUUGCAUGUGCCGGGACGGAUACGGUCCUGGUAUGAUACGGUGUAGUGGGCACGGACCUUUAGUCGUCAUUUCAUGUAGUUUUUCAUAUUUGUCAAUAAUUUCACUGGUGUAUUAAACAAUGAAAUACAGUUACAAUACGAGACAUACAGAGAAAUAAAUAACAAGAAAAUGUAACAGCAAUAUUAUUAUCGACAUUGUGAUGUAUUAUCAGGCAAUAAAGAUUAAUAAUUGAACA